AUGUUGCUGUCUGCCGUAUGUGAUUUUUCUUUUUUGUGUUACCUUUCUUUCUGGUGUGAAGUUCUAGAAGAAGUUAAUAUCACACAGAAAUAUUUGCAAACUGUGGGACUCACUCUUGAAAAGUGCAUUGUGAAACUACAAGGUUUGAAAGCCUUUCUAGCAGAUCAGUGCAGUGAAAUUGCAGAGAAGGCCAUUUGUUAUGCAACUACUAAGUGUAAAGAAAUGGACAUUUCAAUGGAAAGAAGAGGGAGAGUAAAGCUCCGUAAAACAAUGCCAGGAAUGAAGGCAAAGGACGCUGGUCUCACAUUGCCAGAGGAAAUGAAAAGGGCUAUGUUUGAGUGCCUUGAUCGUUUUCAUCACGAGUUGGAAAUUCGUUCCCAGGCAAUUGAAAAAAUCCUUUCAAUGUUUGCUGUUAUUCAGCCAAACUCUCUGGUUGGGGCAACAGAGAAAGAUAUUCAUAAUUAUACUCCAAAAUUGACUGAGAUUUUUGACGAAUUCUCUAAUGAAGACAUCUUUAGGGAAAUUGAACGUCUUCAGAGGCAUUUAGAAGCUGCCAAGCUCAGUGUUGAAGAAGCAAAGAAAUGGACGGCAUUGCAGUUCCUGGAGUUCAUUGUUAAAUGGGAUUAUUGUGAAUCUAUGCCAAAUUUGUCACUAUGUUUAAGAUUCUUUUUGACUCUCUGUGUGUCUAUUGCUUCAUGUGAAAGAAGUUUUUCCAAAUAA